UUCUCUCCUCCGUUGAACGCUGCACUUCCCGCUUGAAACGUGCGCUCAUAUUUUGCAGACGGAGAAGUUAGGAAUUACUUGUGUUGGUUUAGGUGUGUCUACGAGACGUCAUCGUGCGUUUGGCAGCGCCGCAGCCUUGUAUUGAUUGACAGUGCAGGACGCACAGGUGAUGCGGGAGUUUGCGCUCAACGGCAGCAUGGCUAACAGGAAAGGGGAGCCAGAAACGCCCAACCAUGUGCUGCUUAUGACCAUUCUGAAUCCCGCCUACCCCAUUACAGUGGAUGUGAUCCACACUAUUUGCCAGUCCUACGGUAACGUCCUCCGAAUCGUCAUCUUCAAGAAGAAUGGCGUUCAAGCCAUGGUUGAGUUUGACGGGAUCGACCCAGCCACCCGUGCUCGGGAGGGUCUGCAGGGCGCUGAUAUCUACUCCGGCUGCUGCACUCUGCGCAUCGAGUAUGCUAAGGGUCGAAGGAACCACAGAACAGUAGUGGUGGUGGCGGCGGUGGCGGCUCUUCCCGCCCUCCUCUGCUGCAAGAGCCUCGUGGAUUUGGAAUGAAUGUUACCCCAUUCAGCAGAGGUGGUAUGAAUGGUCAGAUGGGUGGACCUCGCAGUUCUGGAAGUCUCUUCAGUAGCCCUAUGCCAGACAGGCUUGGGUUAAACAACGGCAUGAGCAAUGGUGGGCUACGUGGUGGUGGUGGACUGAUGGGUGCUGGGGGUCAGGGUCAGGGUGGACCUUUUAUGGGUGGAGCUGGUGGUCCUGGGGGUGCAUCUCUUUCAGGAAUGGGCCAGCCACAGCCUGGUCUGCCCCAGCAGGGUGCUGUUCUUAUGGUUUAUGGACUUAACAAGGAUAAGAUGAAUGCUGAUCGCAUCUUCAACUUGCUUUGCUUGUAUGGCAACAUUGUGAGGAUUAAGUUCUUGAAAACAAAGGAAGGUUGUGCAAUGGUGCAGAUGGGAGAUGCACUUGCUGUAGAGCGUGCUGUUGCAAACCUUCACAACACCACAUUCUUCGGGUGCAAGAUGCAGCUAGGGUAUUCUAAGCAGGCAUUUUUGGCUGAUGUACAGCAACCUUAUGAUCUACCAGACGGUACCCCAUCAUUCAAGGACUACAUGGGGAAUAAGAACAAUAGAUUCAUUAACCCAGAAAUGGCUUCAAAGAACAGGAUACAGCCUCCUUCAAAGAUUCUGCACUUCUUCAACACCCCUCCAGGACUGGAGGAAGAUGCACUGAAACAGGUGUUCAUUGAUGGGGAAGUUACUGAACCCAAGAGCAUCAAGCUUUUCCCAUCAAAGAGUAAGUCUGAGAGGAGCUCCAGUGGACUCCUUGAGUUCGCUAACAUCUCUGAGGCCCUAGAGGCACUGGUGAUUGGUAAUCAUGCCCCCAUUCCCAACCCUAACAGCAAGUUUCCAUUCAUCAUGAAGCUUUGCUUCUCAUCUUCAAGACACAUCCCUAACAAGAUGGCUGAGUGAGGGUCCAGUACCACCACUACCUACCACAAACAGCAGCAGCAGCAGUAAUGGCCCAUUGUACCUGGGUCAUUUCAGCUUCAUUGCUGCUUUAGUAACCUGCAGGGUACACCAGGGUUGUUGGCAGCCAGGCAGGGAAUAAUAUAGUUGUCAAUAUCUAGCUAGGGUUGCUUACAGUCCCAUUGAUUGUGAGUAAUUACCAGUAGUUAUUUACAAUUACUUAUGUUCUUAACUCCCAGAGAUUAUUAGCAUCUAUGGAAUUCUUAGUAUUUACGUGAUAGUUUCUGGGAGUUAAUGGCAUUUAGGAGAGACUGCUGGCUAUGUGGUCAUGAGAUGGUUGUUAGGGACUUUCAUGCUUCCCACCCAUAAAGAGGUUGGGGACCUAGUGUUUCUCUUCUCGCUGGACCCUUCAGGGAAUUGUCAGUGACAUUUUGAGGCAUGCAGAUCACUUCAGGUUAUACAAGUUAUUCAUGCAUGUAUAAGAAUGUACGUGUGUGUGUGUAUAAAUAUAUGUGCGCACACACACACACAUCCAUAUAAACACAUACACUUACCAAUCAUUGCAUAUGUUUUAUGCUUUUAAUAUUAGUCAUUUUUUUUUUUUUUUUUUACCAGACAAUUAUUGGAUUUUUAUUAGUUUUGUUGAAAUGGUGCAAAUGCUGAAAGUUGAAUGUAUUCUUUGCAUUAUGCAUAUUGUCACAUAAAAGUUGCUUUAUUGGACCCUUAAUUUUUAGAUGGAUGAAGUGUAAGUGAUCAUACUUGUAAUGUCUUUCCUGAGGAGCCCAGCAAUUAUCAUAAGUAGGAUAAGUGCAGUAUAAACCCUCCCUGAGUUGGAAGCUUGGGCAGUAUCCCACUGUCCGUCCUACGCUCUCUUUAUAUGACCGUUAUCAUUAUUCUGAAUCAUAUUACAUGAGGUAGGUAAACUGGGUAAACUUCAGUAAUGGCUUAACUAUCAAUUUAGCAUGGUAACUUUACAAAUAUCAGAAUGGAAUUUGAAAUCAGUCAAAACAUGAAAGUUUUGUGUUUGAGAUUGUAAGUCCUUGACUAAAGGUCCUACUGAGGAAGCCAUAACUGCAUUUCUCUUUAUACUGAAGUUUAUUUAGUGUAUCCUAUAUGCUCAUUCAGUGGAAUGUACAAUACUGUUCAACAAUAGUGUGUUAUGUUUCUAAAAUUAUUCCAUGAUUAGGCACAACAUUACUUUUGAACUGUUUACUCUAUAAUAAUGAUCAGUUCACUUAAUAUUUGAUGGACACUGAUCCACUCAUUGGUAUGUUAAGUAUAGGUCACCAGUUAACUUAUAACAUGGAUCUUACCUGAUAUUAUGGACAUGUGUGUUAAUAUCAUGAUGUAGCUAACUAGUGGUAACUGGUCUUUGUUGCAAUAAUCGUCAAAGGAUCCGACAUUCUUAAAUCUAUGGUUAAUUUCAAUAAGGCUGGUCCUGUCUGUUUGGUAUGGAUUGACAAGCUGUAUAGAAUCUGCUUUCAAGGUUAAUAAUGGCUGAUCUUUUGACAGUAGUCUUACACUGAUGACCCAAUGUAAGUUAGUAGGAGGCAAUGUUAGUGGCAACAAGGAUACAUUGUUGGUAAAUGUAGGUGUAAAUUGAUAAGCUUUGGCAACAGGGCAGACAUGUUCACAAGCACUUGAUAUAUUUACAGUCCCAGCUUGUUACACUGCCCCACUGUCAGAGUCUUAAGUGUUUUAGAAUAGCAUUUUAAUGCUUUUUCACUUUUUCUUUUUUAGUUUAUUUUCUUAUUUUUAAGUAGAUGGUAAAAUGGUGUCGUUAUACUUAGUUCAAUUCUGAGCUAGCAAAGCUCCUAGCUUAUGAUUGCAGCAGGACAUGACAAAAGCUCUGUCUGUCCCCUUAUUCAUACUCCUGGUUUAUGCCACACUAUUUGUUUUGCCUCUUGACAGUAAUUUCAAUAAAGUUUUGAGUGACCAAAUUUAAAAAAAAACAUGCAGACAAGAAGUUCAAGCAAAGAUUUGAGGUGUUCCUCACUAAUAAUUGCCAAUGGGAGUUAUCAACUGUCUUGUUUUGACAUAAAAUAAUAAAAAAUUCCAUAAUGCAAAUCCUAGUCAGCAACACACUGUACUUAAUUUAGGGCUUUAAUGAUGGCAAAUCUGAGUUGUUUAUUAUUUAACAUACCUUUCACUGCAAGCAGAGAACAUAACAUUACACAUGACUUUUCUUGAACUUCCCAUCUACAGACAUGGCUUUCACUCACACACCCUCUACCCGCAGCCAGAGAAACUUAAGACUACAGUAAACUACAGAGCCAAAACACUGGGGAUUACAGCAUGUCUAAACAAACCCAGCUUAUUUCUCAAGUGGGAUUAUUUAUGGAGAAUUUACUCAUGGCAGGGUUGAAUUUAGAAAUAACUGUAUAGAAUAUUCAAUAACUUUCUGGUAAUAUAACGUGUAAGCUAAUUGAGAAAGUAGCUUGCAUUUUUUUAGUAACAGCGAAUAGUCCAUUUCGAUAUUCGCUGAUUAUAUACAGCAGUGUCUGAUCUAUGCCGUUUGUGUAUAUUUCCUACUCCUUAAUGCAUCUUCACCAUGUCAUUGGUCAGUGCCAGUGAUGGCCAGUGCCAGACAUGAUAUUCUCGGGUCCCCUAACAUGCCAGUAUAAAGAGUGGAUGAGAUUGGGCAUGAUGAGCAUGCACUUAAUAUUAAAUUACAAUAAUACCAAGUCUUAGUAGUAUACUUAAUUAAAAUUAUGUGCUGUACAUACUAAGUUAUUGUUUCUUUAACAAGAUUUGCCUAAGGCUAUAAUGGUCGGCAGCAAACAAAUGGAGAUUUGCUAUGAGAAUGAAAUCUGAGGAAAUGACAUGCCAAGUUUUUUCUCCCUUCUCUCUCCCUGCAUAUAACAUCAGAAUGUGUGCACAUGUGUAUCCUUGAACUGACAAAGGGGGCCCGGAUGUGCUUGAAGCUUUGUCAAAAAGCAAAUUUAUUAAACAAUUUGGCAUUGUUUCUUCUAGCUAGGUUAAUUUUUAUUCCAAAUCUGGAUAAUUUUCAGAUUUUUUUAAACUUUUAUCUGGACAGUUCCACUACAGGAGGUUACUGAUGCAAUCUAGUUUAUUAGAACCUUGUCAAAUGUGUUGAAGUAAAUAGUUGUUGCCUAGGAACAGCCAACAGCACAAGAUACACCACAUGAAAAUACUUGACAAAUAAACAAAAGAAACUUCUGAACAAUCAUACUACGGUACAUGCAAUUCUGGAAAACAGAGAGGUCAUGGGUGACAUGAACACACCUCACAUAUAGGAACGGAAAUUAACAAGCUUUUUUCCUAAUUUGUUGUUAUGUUCCUUUGUUUUGCUAAUACACUAGCCUCCUGGAAUUUUUGUUUGUUUAAAGUUCAAAGCCAACUUGGUACAAAGCACGAUUGUACUAAGGUAAAGCAAGCCUGCCAAAUAUGUAAUUUUCCUGAGGGGCGCACCACCCACCACCUGUCACAGCCAGUGAGGCAGCACCCACAAGACUGCCGGCAGUCACUACAAGAAGUGGGAUUGGAUUUACGCAAAGGCAAUACUGCCUCUCAAUCUUCAGAAAAAAAAUAUUUAAAUACAGUAUUUGCACGACUGAUAAGGCUUGCUUUCGGGAACUUCUGCCCGCUGGUGGUGGUGGUACAAAGUUGUCCUCGGGGUACAGCAGUAGCCGUCAACCAAACAGUGAGGGCAUUGACUUAAGUGGCUGUUGCAAGACGGUAGCUAUUUACCUGAUAUAUGCCUCCAGUGAUGGCUGCGGUUUCUGCUGAUGUUAUGAAGCGGGGGUGUGCCCCUUUCUCCUCCGUGCCAAGCGUGGUAGUGUCUGAGGCCGCGUGAGUGAGGCGACGUAACUGCUGUAUUAUAGGUCACGUCCACCUUGGUGUAGGUGUCCGUGUGAACGGCCAGGGAGGAUGUCUUCGCCCUCCCAACCCCCACCCGGAGGCUCCCGAGCCCCCGUGACUCCGCUCAUAAGCAAUACUGACCUGACCCUCAGGUUAUGAUGGCGCCCUCCCUGGUGUGCCCACCUGGACUACUAGGCUGUUUAAAUGGUUUUAUCUCUUGAUAAGUCGUUGAUAUGUCGUUGCAAAAUGUGCUUUAAGUAGAGAAUGUUUAUUACUUCUUGAAAUCGUCCCGAUAGAGUGAAUCACUUGAUGCAUAUCAUAGCACUAAGAUUUACUGAGCCAUUGAGCUAGUUCCAUUGGGACUGUUCUGAGCUGACUGCCAGCUGGCACAGCGCAUCCAUGGGCCGUAUAAAAUUCCAUCCUAGGGGCCAGCAGCAAGACCUUUAUAAUUCUGUAUUCAUUAAACCUAAGUGUUGUGGUUAUCACUUGUGGUCUAGGAGUUUACAUAAACUGUAGGAAAGCUAAAGUGGAUUGAUGGUUCGGCCUGUGGAAAAGUGCUGUGCUUGGGUCUGUCCAGUCCCCUAGUCUGGUGCCCAGUUAUAAGUACAGGGAAUGAACCAGGCUGGCGGCGAGUCCAGUUCUGGCUGACUCAAUGUGAGGGCAGCAGCAGUGGUAUAGCCCCACAAGAUCCCCUACACCAUCCCUUGUUCCAGGAUUGCGGAGUUAUUUUAAAAGCAUAACAAACAUUAUUAUUUCUCUUAAUCCAUAUGUUGUUUGUAAGAAUUUUAAGGAAUAAAAUGAAUAAUACUUUAGUAUAAAAAGAGAA